AUGAGCUUUUUUCAAUUUGAUGAUGGCAUUGAUGAAGCCGCAAUAGAGCGGCUGCAUACUACCGAUUGGCAUUCUAUAUCGUCAUCUUCUCCGCAUUACGAUGGUCUUGACUCGUUGUUAUUUGAAGAUUUUCGUUUUCUGGAUGAGCGUCAAUUAAAUGAACGCGGUGAAUACCAUUUCUGGCUUGGGGAGCUUGCUGUCGGUAAAAAACAAUGUGAAAUUGCAUACUCGCUGUACUCAAGAUCACUACGUAUCAUGGAGAACGUGCUACAAGAAUCGGACAGCAAAUCUCCAUCUACCAUUUUCUCGGAUGUGCAUUCGGGUUGUUCAAAAGACGGGCGGCUUAUCCAAUCUCUUUUGGAAUCACAGACAAAACCCAUAUCUCUCAUGCAGAAUGCCUCAUCGUUGUGCUCUGCGUCAUCAAAAGGCUCCAAUCUCUAUAUUCCGUUCGACGUAUGGUCCUCGAUAAUCAAGUAUCUCUCUGUCUUUCAUCGCCUGAGCUUAAUGACCACAAGCAUCGAGUGGAACUCUGCUAUCCUUGCUUCGUUGAGCGCAAUCAACUCACUCGAUCUUAGAGAGAGUAGAUGGCCGCUAUCAUCAGAGAUUGUCAUACGAUUGCUUAGACUCUGCCAUGAAUCUCUCGUGGAAAUUGUCGUUGACAAUUUGAUUAUUUCUGAGAUUGAUUCCGUCAUACAAGUACUUCGAAACACCAGCGACAAGCCUUCCACAUCCCGGAUUGAUUUUCCUAAACUCAAAUCUUUGAGUAUUCUUCAUCCAGAAGCUGCUUUGAAAUAUUUGUACGUCAACAUGGAGAACCCUCAUCAUAUGCCUCACCUGCGCAAUUUUGCAAAUUUUACCAAGCUCACGUUGCCAGUGGAGGAGCCUAGAGAUAUUAUUGAGUCUUUAAUGCUGGGAGAUUUUCCAAAUCUUGCUGAGCUGAAUCUUGUUCUCAGCUACGAUGUAACGAGAAGACAGUCCAAAAUUACAUUCUUUAGUGACUUGGUUACGUCAUAUCGCCAUCCGUCUUUACGCAUCUUGAAUAUCGGGGGCUCUCCGUUCCGCGAAGAUUACAAGCAUUCGUUUCCGUUUUCAAAGAGGAAUGAACGUGCAAGAAUCUCGCUGACACUAAUCCUAUACUUGCUGCGAAUGUCUCCUUUACUGGUAGAAUUUCGCUGCACGUACAUGGAUGUAGUGAGCGAUAGUUUUCCAUCCGACGAAGAGCUUCCAGCAAAUCUGAGUCUGACUCGGCUCAAUGAACAUCUGAAAGCAUUGGAUAUGCGCUACUCUAUCUGUAGCUCGGAUAUUGAGCUGCCGGUUACUUCUGAGUUCAUUUCUAUGAGGAUGGUUGGAAGACUUCCGAUACUUGGAAAUCGUGGCUAUGUCAAUACUCAAGAUGCAGUGUCAAUACAUGACUCAAGUGACACCUUUCCCAUAAUUCAUCUUGAUAUCAGCUAUUGUCAGAGUAUACAGGGUGGCUCGUUGUACAGAUUCCUUCGCCCUGUCAGCGGAUCAUCCUUAACAACUCUAGACCUCUCGUUCUGUUCUAACGUCAAUUUUAGCGAGAGGUGCUUUGAUACAGAAGGGCUAACGCUGAUGAGAUGGCUUCUCCAAAAGUUCUUCCAACUUCAGAGUUUAAUGAUUGGCUAUAAUCAGAAUGUUAUCGAUAGAGAUUUGGAUGAUAUAGCCGAAUCAGCGCCCACACAAUUAGUGCAUCUAGAUCUUUCCGGGUGUCCAAAAAUUACAGAUGCGGGAGCGCUAGGCUUGCUGCUGGAAAGUCAUUCGUUGAAAUGUCUGAAGCGUCUUGUGAUUUUCAACAAUCCGCAGUUGUCAAGCACCGUAUUCCAGCUCUCAAGUCGGGAUAUCAAGAUUUUGGGGCUUUAUAGCGCUUAG